AUGUCGCCAGGAAUGUCGCUGUAUAGCGUCAACGCUAUAGUAAUCCUCUCCAGCGAUGACGGUUCCCGGAUAUUCUCCAAGUACUACACUCCUCCUCACGCCGGCGCUGGCGCACCAGGAUCAGGAGUAGCCGCUGGGCUCGCUACCUCAGGCGCUUCUCAGAACCCCUAUCCCGACAAGACUUCUCAGAUCCGUUUUGAGAAGGGCCUCCUUCAGAAGACAGCAAAGCAGGCCGGCGAUAUCCUCCUUUACGACAACAAGGUGGUGCUCUACAAGAUGGAGUCGGAUGUCGCUAUCUACGUUGUUGGCAGCGCGGACGAAAACGAGGUUCUGCUCUACAACGUACUUUUGGCGCUUAGAGACAGCUUGCAUUUGCUCUUCAAGCAAUCGAUCGACAAGCGCACGAUAGUCGAAAACUACGAUCUGGUAUCCCUCGCCAUUGACGAAAUCGUGGAUGACGGCGUUGUUCUCGAGACAGACCCUACGAUUAUCAUUCAACGAUGCAGCAAGGCACCACCUCAGGAUGUCAACCUCAGCCGCCUUGAUCCUUUCACUGAGCAGGGCGUCAACAACUUGGCACAACUAGGCAAGGCCAAGCUUACCGACUGGCUUCGUCAGGGUCUCUAA